UGUUGGCUCGCGCGCGCUCUGUCCCCACUCUCGCGCAGCAGAGUGCGGACUGUCGAAAGCUCCGCAACACUUUCCAUCGCUUCUCUCCGCACUGCGAUUCCGUGAGGUGGACGGCUCUCCCGGCGGACACUAACUACCCAAACACCUGGACAGAGCGUCCGUCGGGGGCACGGUAACGUGUUUAGAGGUGCCUCGAGCAGACGACAAAUGCUGGAGACCCGAGUCCAGUGGCCCCAGACCCGAUGGGGAGGGAGACACGCAGAGCAGUGAUGGGACAGUUUUCGGGAGGAUGCUACCUGAGUUUUGGCAUCCUCGUGCUUCUCGGUUCGCAAGUGCCCGCCACGUUAGCAAGAGGUCCCCGAGGUGAAUCCCUGCAGCAUGGCCAGUCUGGGACACUGCCUCACUUCCUGGAGGAGCCUGUUGAUGCUUACAUCAUCAAGAGUAACCCCAUCAAACUCCGGUGUCAAGCUCGGCCUGCUCUUCAAAUCUUCUUCAAGUGCAACGGCGAAUGGGUACACCAGAGCCAGCACAUGUCGCAGGAGCACACCGACAUGGGGACAGGGCUGAAGAUCCGCGAGGUGAUGAUCAACGUGUCACGUCAGCAGGUGGAGGACUUUCAUGGACCGGAGGAUUACUGGUGUCUGUGUGUCGCCUGGAGUCACCUGGGAACUUCCAAAAGCCGCAAGGCAACUGUCCGGAUCGCCUACCUGAGGAAGAACUUUGAGCAGGACCCCCAAGGCACUGAGGUGCCUCUGAAUGGCAUGAUUGUGUUGCACUGUCGUCCCCCAGAGGGAGUGCCUGUGGCUGAGGUGGAAUGGCUAAAAAAUGAAGAACCUCUCAACUCUGAUGGUGCCAUUGAUACAAGAGGCGACCAUAAUCUCAUCAUCUCUGAAGCCCGUCUCUCUGAUUCCGGAAACUAUACCUGUGUUGCCAGCAACAUCGUGGCCAAGAGACGCAGUGCCACUGCCACUGUUGUAGUUUAUGUGAAUGGGGGCUGGUCCUCGUGGACAGACUGGUCUCCCUGUAAUGUACGCUGUGGUCGCGGUGUACAGAAACGUUCUCGCACUUGCACAAAUCCAGCUCCUCUCAAUGGCGGAGCCUUCUGUGAGGGCAUGUCGGUACAGAAGAGCACCUGCAACACACUGUGUCCAGUGGAUGGCGGAUGGGGAGAGUGGAGCGAGUGGUCGGUGUGUAGUUCAGACUGUGAGAGGCAGCGCGGCAGAGAGUGUACAGCUCCGGAGCCCAAACAUGGAGGACGGCUGUGUGAUGGGGUGGCACUGGCUACAGACAACUGCACCGGCGGCCUCUGCACACAGAAUCGAAAGUUGCUACAUGAUGCUAAGCCACAGGGUGUGGAGAACAGCAGCGAUGUGGCCUUGUAUGCAGGCCUUGCUGCGGGGGUGGUGACAGUGGUGCUGCUGAUCAUCGCUGUCACUCUUUACCGAAGGAGCCAGAGUGAGUAUGGUGUGGAUGUCAUCGACUCCUCCGCCCUCACUGGGGGCUUCCAAUCCUUCAGCUUCAAGACCUCUCGUCAAGCAAACCCCCUGCUAAUUAAUUCAUCCAUGCAACCUGAUCUGACAGUGUCACGUACCUACACCAGCCCCAUGUGUUUUCAGGACUCUAUUGACAAGGAGCUGAUGGCCGAGCGCUCACUCCUUGACCCAUUGCCCGAUCUCCAAGUCAAAGGUGUGGCAGAAAGGGCGGAGUACCAUGUCAUGUCCCACCCUCAGACAUUUCCAAGGGGCCUGGCUCCAGACUAUAGAGGGGUUGCAGUUGGGACGACGCUGGGCAGAAGAGGCAAAAACCUUUUCACUCCGCAAGUCUCUUUGACUCCCUGCAAGCCUCUCCACAAAGCUACUGCCGUGUUUGGUCAUGCUGGAGGAAGGCUGGUGGUGCCUAACACAGGUAUCAGUCUGUUGGUGCCUCAUGGGGGGAUCGCGGAAGACACUAGCUGGGAAAUGUACAUGGUCAUCAACCAGGAGGACAGCAGCACUGUGUCCGAGGAUGGGCCAGAGAUCUUCUUGAGCCCUACGGUCACGUACGGCCCACCAGGCCUUGACCUGUCCUGUCCCAUAGCUAUGACCAUAGCUCAUUGUGCGGAGGUGGCUGCUGAUAAUUGGACCAUCCGGCUAAAGAGACAAAUGCAGGACAACAAGUGGGAGGAAGUGAUGUCUGUGGACGAGGAGAGCACUUCCUGCUACUGUCUGCUAGACGCCCAGAGGUGCCAUGUGCUGUUGGAGCAUCCAGGUCGCUACGCCCUGUUGGGGGAGCCGCUGAACCAGGAGGCGGCCAAGCGGCUGAGGCUGGCUGUGUUUGGAAGUCCGGAUAACUGCAACUCUCUGGGCUUCACCCUCAGGGUCUACUGUGUGGACGACACGCCUCAUGCAUUUCAGGAGGUGGUGGUGGGGGAGCGCAGCAGGGGCGGGCGGCUGCUGGAGGAGCCUAAGAUGAUGCUGUUCCGGGGGAACACUUUCAGCCUCCAGGUGUCCAUCCAGGACGUCCCACAGUUACUCUGGAGCAUCAAGCCUUUCACCACCUGCCAGGAGUUCUCCUUUUCUCAGGUGUGGGCCAGUAACCAGCGUCCCCUGCAGUGUGCCUUCUCUUUGGAGCGAUACAGCCACUCCUCGUCUCAGCUCUCCUGCAAGAUCGGCAUCCGCCAGGUCAAAGGCGAGGAGCAGAUUCUCCAGGUCUACACGUCUGUGGUGGAGAAUGAAAAGGGAGUGGUUCCCUUUUUCAGUCAGUCCGACUGCACCAUCACCUCUCAAACAGGGUCAAGGGCCUUUAAAAUCCCUGUGUCCAUCCGUCAGCGGAUCAGCGCCACCUUUGACACAGCUAAUGCCAACGGGAAGGACUGGCAGCUCUUGGCUCAAAAGCUUCACAUAGACAGGAACCUGUGCUACUUUGCAUGUCAGGAGAGCCCAUCAUCAGUGAUUCUGAGUCUGUGGGAAGCCCAGCACCAGGACUCAGGGGACCUAGACUCUCUGGCCAGUGCCCUUGAGGAAAUCGGCAAAGUCCAGUCCCCCAGGACCGCCACUCUUGGCUGCAGCAGAGAAGAGCGGGACUCAGAAUUCACUAAACUUGGGUAGGGACGAUUCUACAGCAGAUCAAUAUAAUGAUGAACCUUUACUGCAUGAACACUGAUGAUCAGGUGUACUAGCUAACCUAUGGGGAGGAGGAGAAAGAGGAGACGCAAAGAGGACUGGAACGGAAACUCAGUUUUGGACUGUUACUAAAGGAACACCUUUGCUGAACCAAACGGCAAAAACAGACAGACGGGAAUCAAGGAACAACCAAUGGAAGUCAGUGAGGAAGUAUUUCUGUUAUUGAGAGGCACCACCAAAAUUUUAGAAAAGGGACAUAUAAGUAUCCUGCACCCACCUUUUGAUUGAGAAAUGUCAACUCCUGACAGGUUUGAUAACCUGUAUUGAAGGAUUAUGGAUAUCUGUGUGAAGAGGACUCUCCACGUAGGAUGGAGUGUGUUGUAGACAGACAACGUCAAUCAGGCUGGUGUUGUGACUUUCCCAGGAUCGGAUGGGCUUGCACUUGCCCCCAAAAAGUCCUCUGGGCUGUCAAAAAUAUUUAGUGUAAUGUCAUUUUGUUGUCAUUCACUUUCCAGAUCCCCUAAUGCUUUUUUUUCUUCUUUUUUUUUCGUCCCUACAGCGUGUGUCUGAUGUUAGGUGCUGGAGUUAGAGAAGGAAACAGAAAGUGAGGAGUACUGGAUAUCACUUUUGUCAGAAAUACUGACAAUGAUUAGCAUUUAAAAAGAUCUGAUGAUGUCCACAUGCUAAGAAAAAUAAUGUAAGUCUGUGUAAGAGAUGACUUUAUAAACUGUGCUAAAUUGGCAUUGAUCACGUGGAUAACUAUCAUUUAGCAAGAAACACCCACAUGUAGAACAUUUUCAACCCUACUUGCAGAAUACAUUGUCAAAGCAAAGGCUGCAGAAGAGGAUAAGAUAUCCCAAUGUAAAAUGCAAUGCAGCCAGAGGUGCACCGCAUCCCCUAAUGUCUAAUGAUCAACUUCUCUGUGUGAUAAGUGACUCCAUACCCGACAGACAGUGGGAACAUUACAUAAAUUGCAAAUUGUUGACGCUGGUUAAGUGGUGUGUAUGUUUAAGACCCUCUGGGACUUAAUGUUUUUGAUUAUUAUUUUCUAUUUAAAUUUUGACUUUUGAUGUGAGCUGCCUUUUAUGGAUCGUAUUUAGAGACACUCCCACUCAUUUGUCUUCUCUUCCCAGGCAGAGUUGCUCCACCUGCCCCUAAACAUGAUAAAGUGAUUUUGUGUUGAACUCUGUGUUGUGUAUGUGUGUGUACUUUUAAUGAAUUCAAUUCUUGAAAGGCCUGACAGCCCAGCAUACUGUUUGGUGAAGAAACCAGCCACAGUAAAUCUUCAAAAACUGUAUUCAGCAAAGAGAUGAAACAAUUAAAUACAAAAUGCAAUGUUUUGGAAAGAUGUAAAAGAUCCAAGUAAGCACUCUUUAAGUUUGAUGGCAGAUCCUGUCAUUCCUUCAUAGAAGUACUUAAAGGGAUAUUCCGACAUUUUUGGAAAUAAGCUAUUUGCUCUCUUGCCGAGACUUAGAUGAGAAGAUCAAUACCACUUUAUGAGAAUGGUAACAAUCUUUUCUAAUAUUUUUAAUUUCCCAAAAUGUCAAACAAUUUGUUUAAUUAACUUAGACUCCCCGUUCAUAUGCAAGCUGCCAAAGAAGCUCCAAGCGUGCUCAUGCUGGCUCUACAAUGGAAAAGCACAUUCCUGUUGAUGUGUGUAUUCAUGGAAACAUUCUGAGAUAUCUAACCACAGAGAUAUGCAUGCCAUUCCAUAGUCUCUGAGGUCCUGAUAAUCCGUUUUCACUGAGCCAUGACUGCCAAAUAAUCAAACUGCAAAUAAUGCAGACCUGUAGUUUAUCAGCAAGCCUACUGUAUCUGUAUGGAUCAAAGAACACCACGUGUACAGACAGACCUCUAUAUGGAGACUGAUUCUUCAGUAUCAGCUGGAAAAGGUCACAGUGUAGAAAGGCCAAAGCUUGGAGUAUUACACUGGGAAGAAACACACUCAAAUGUAUAAUGUAAAAUGUAUUAUACAGACAGCAGGAUCUAAACCUACAUACUAAGCAUGUAAAAUACAGUUAAGUCUCUUCACUAGACUUUCCUUAUGUUUAAAAGUACAUUAUGAGGGGGUUGAAGUAACUGGGGGUGCAACUAAUGAGUAUUUUCAUAAUUGAUAGUAUUGGUUUGGUCCAUAGUUUGCCAGAA